AUGAUUGAGGUAGUCUGCAACGACCGUCUGGGGAAGAAGAUAAGAGUAAAGUGCAAUCCGGAUGAUACCAUUGGUGAUCUCAAGAAGCUGCUAGCAGCACAAAUAGGUACUCGACCAGAGAAGAUCAGGAUUCAAAAAUGGUACAAUGUGUAUAAGGAUCACAUCACAUUGGCUGAUUAUGAGAUUCACGAUGGGAUGGGCCUGGAGCUAUACUACAACUAA